CCCGCUAGUCUGUGACGUUAAAAAAAGAAAAAAAUCCAGCAAAAAUGGCGGAAGGCGCGACGUCUCUGAAAGAGAUGCGAGCUCAAAUGGCUGCUGCUGCACAGGCACAGGCGGAAGAGCGGCGCAGCCAGAUGGCUGGCAGUCCAGCACCUUUGACAAAUACAUCUAGCACCCCCAGGACACCCGGGGCACGUCCAGUCAUAGAUGGAGCAGCGCUGAGGGUAGAUGACAAGCUCAGAGUCGCCAGGGAGAGGAGGGAGCAACAAGAGAGACAGCUUGCUGCUCGUGAGUCCCAGAUACUGGAGCGGGAGCGCAAGGCCCAGCUGCAGUAUGAACGACAAAUGGAGGAGCGCCAGAAAAAGCUGGAGGAGCAGCGCAGGCGUGAAGAGGAGCGACGGGCCGCUGUGGAGGAAAAGCGAAGGCAGAAGCAGGAGGAGGACAAGGAGCGCUAUGAGGCAGUGAUGCGGCGCACGCUGGAGCGCAGCCAGCGGCUAGAACAGAGGCAGAAGAGAUGGUCCUGGGGUGGAGGGCUCACCACUGAUACUGCACCCAAAUCUGUUGGUGAAGUAGCCGCACCCUCCUGCUCUGAUCCACAGGGGCCUGAGAAGACGCAGCAAGUGGACAAGCGCUCCACGUCCACCAUGAACCUGAAGCAACCAGUGGAGUCUGCCAUCAGCAAGCGACUUUCCUCUUCCUCGGCUGCUCUCGUCAACUCGCCUGACAAGAGUACUAAACGGAGAAGUUCCUCUUUAAACCGGUUGUCUAGCAAUUGCUCCCAGCAGGGGAAGGAACCUCAAAAACCCCAUCAGGGGACCCUCACAGGCUCAGCUCUGAAGAAGAGAAGCUCCUCCCUUUCUCGGGUAGGGAGUCAGUCCCAGUGCGCUACCAAGACAGAGAAAGGGACCAAGGAGGAACAAGAGCAUCGCCUUGUUGACCGCGGGGUUUUCAGUCGCCUGCUAGCCCCCACCCAGGCAUCCCUCGCUAGGAGCAAGAGUGCUGCCAUGCUUUCAGCAGAGCGAGCCGACACUCCAGAGUCUCCCCUCUGUGCUCGUUCAGCCUUGGCCGGCCCUUUGCCCAGAGUCCCUCUCCGCAGUCGCAGUGUUGAUCGUCAGAAGGGUCCACCUUCCUUGGGCUCUUCGGAGGUAGCAACAGACAGCACACAGCCAAGGGCUCGCUUCUCAUCCCCGGGAGUGCGCCGACCACCAUCACCCUCAGGUGCCCACAGUCGACGGCGCUCACCCUCCCCUGCUUUCACAGGCAGUGGCGACAGGAGAAGCCCCUCCCCAGUGACCCCCAGACAGAGCCCCCAUACACGCCCCCCCUCUCCUGGCGGGACCUCGCAACCAACUUCCAAACAGCCACCAAUGCAGAGGCCCCCACUUACCCCAGCUGGACCUCCCACACUUCGCAAGAGGGACCCCAAGCCAAAACAGAGUUCCCUGGCUCAGCCCACUGGUCCCCAGACACCUGAGCUCUCACCAGCCACUGGGACCCCCACUGCAGCUCCCAGCUCCAAGACCAAAGAUGACUCCAGCUGCAAGACCACAUCAGCUGAGGAGGCAGCUAAGAUCCUGUCAGAGAAUCGGCGUCUUGCACGGGAGCAGAAAGAGAGGGAGGAAGAACAGCGUUUGCAAAGGGAGGAAGAAGAGCAGAGGAGGUUGAAGGAGGACCAGGAAGCAAGACGUGCUGAAGAGGAGCAGAUUAGACUGCUGGAGGGGGAACGGAAGAAAGAGGAGGCAAGGAAGAGAGAAGAAGAGCAGCAGAAAAGAGAGGAGGAGGCACGUGCUGAGCUAGAGCAGCUAGAGCAGCUGGAGCAGGAGGAGCAGGAGAGGCAGGCUGUACUGCAGAAGGAGCGCGAGGAGGCAGAGGCUCGUGCACUUGAAGAGGCAGAGAAGCAACGGCAGCAGAGGGAGAAGAUGUUGCAGCAAAAUCAACAGGAGCGUAUGGAGAGAAAGAAGAGAAUUGAAGAAAUCAUGAAACGAACCAGGAAAACAGACCAAAGUGACAAGAGAGAAGAGGAGAAGAGCAAUGAGAAUGGAGAAAAGGCAUUCGACCAUUUUAGUGAAGCAGAAGUGGUGCAACUUGACUCAGGGAAGGUUUCAGCUGAGGCACCAGACUUAAAGCAGGGGCUGGAGAAGGAAGAGCUUACCAGGAACGUCAAUGGAGAGGUAGCACAGGAGAACAAGGAGAAUCACAGCACAUUCCUCCAGGAGCAGCUGGUGGUCGGCACAGUACCCAAGUCCCACCCAGCAGAGGGCUCGGGCUGUCUCAAUGGCAAGACUGGCAACUGGACAUUUGAAGAGCUCAUUGACCUGGGUGUAGCUGAUGGGCACAGCCCAAAUGUUAUGAAUCAGGAUGGAGGUCUCCAAGGACCUAGGCCAGCUUUCGAAGACAAGCCCCUGCAUCAGGGUCAACCAAUUGGAGCCCUGUCUGCUGUGUGUUAAAACCAUCAUACUCCCACUCUUCACCCACAGAAGCUUGAUGCUGUGCCCCCCAGAUCAGCUUCCUCAAGGCCUCAGACGAAGGAGCCUGGAGCAGAACAUCCUGGUCCAAGGACUUUGUACCUCAGUGGAAAAACAUUACAAAGAAAGUUUUAACUAAUUUUGAAAAAAAGAGCUUCAGGGAAAAUGUUGUGUUCCUUCAAUGUGCUUGUUCCACCUAGGUCUCUGUCAAAAAUUAGUUUCAUAUUUAUUUUUUAUUUUUUCACCUUUUGUUCAGGGUACAGUGUGUAAUGUAUUCCACUGGUCUUCUGAUCUUAUUAGUUUUAUUACUUGUAAAAUUGUAUUACUCCAAUGGUCAUUCUAAUACUGUAACCCAUGAGUUUUUGCUUAAUACUUGAUGUAGCUUGGAGCAAGGUCUGUACUGAGCUUUGAAGAGCAUGGCUGCUCAAGACUUGACCCUUUCACUGAGUCGAUGGUUGUGGACUAGGGUUUGUGCUAACAUGAAAUUAAUUGAAAUUGUUACUGUAAAACUGGUAAAAUAGAUCUUCCAGAAAUCUCAGUCCAUCUGGUCAAUAAUGAUCUGAAAUCUCAAAGCAGGAAACAAAUCCCCCCUGCUAAGGUCUUUAUUUCAUCUGAUGUAGGUACCUGGCCUCCCUUCUGGUUAUAGACCUAGGGACAUUCUCUUUGUUUCUCUCCAGUGUGAGUUCCAGGAAGGAAACCAGUCUGUCUGCAGGCGCUGUUCUCAUGUUGGAUUUCUUUUGAUAACCUGUUUACUCCGUAAAGGGUUCUUUGUAGAUACAUCUCUGGUCAAGACAUUUCAGCAGUAUAGUUUUGUGACGGCAGGGGUCGCUGUGCACCUCUGCCUGAAAAGUUUUUAAAUGGUUAUUAAUAUUUACAUGGUUACUUAUUAUUGUCUUUAAAUUAAAACAAAGUAAACAUUUCAGAAGUUGAACAGCAGGCAGGUUUUGUUUGUUUUUGAAAAACCAUCAUUUUUUUUGCUCGCUAUAUGCUCUGUUUUUUCUGUGACUUGUGUAGUUACAUUUAUUUUAAAUGUGUCUGGAAGAAAAACUCCAUAUUUUCAGUUGGAAAAUGUUACUUAAAUCCACAUAUAAUUUAGGUAAUCAGUAUGCGUGUCAUAAAUGGACUGGCAAUAUAAUCUUUGAUAACAAUUGUUCUGU